AUGACAAAGACAAUCUCUAUUAAGGAGGCCUUUGUGCAAGCUCAAAAACUUCAUCAGAGUCAUGGAAAACUAGUGACAUCUUUGAAGCAUACCUACAAUACGUUGCAGGACAAAAUCCAUUUUCACGAGGAGUUUAUUCAUUACCUUAAGUACGUCUUGAUAAUCUACAAACGAGAACCUGCAGUAGAACAAGCGAUCAAUUUUGUGGCCAAGUUUGUGGUUUGUUUUCAUGAGCUUGAGAAAGAUGCUGUUGAGAAUGACGAGGAAGAAGUGGAAAAUUCGCUUCUACAUUAUUUGUUCAACUGUCUUGUUGAGUGUCAUAAUGCUAACAGCAAAGGAGUUAGAUUUCGAGUGUGCCAACUUAUUAAUAAACUUCUGGGGAGCCUGCCAGAGAACGCUCAGAUUGAGGAUGAGUUGUUCGAUAAAAUUAACAGCGCCAUGCUAGUUCGAGUGAAAGACCGAGUUCCUAACGUGAGAAUCCAAGCCGUACUGGCCCUGUCCAGACUUCAGGAUCCAAAGGACAGUGACUGCCCGGUAGUUAAUGUUUACUGCAGCUUGAUUGAGAAUGACUCCAAUUCAGAAGUCAGGCGUGCCGUGUUGUCUUGCAUUGGUCCAUCAGCUAAAACUCUGUCAAAAAUUGUUGGCCGUACCAUGGAUGUCAAAGAAACUGUCAGGAAAUUAGCAUACCAGGUUCUGGCAGAAAAGGUUCAUAUGAAAGCUUUGACGAUAGCUCAGAGAGUCAAACUUCUGCAGCAAGGGCUUAAUGAUAGAUCAGAUUCUGUGAAAGAAGUGGUUCAGAAGCAGCUACUUCAGGCCUGGCUGCGUCUGGCCGAGGGGAAUGCCUUGGAGUUGCUUCAUCGGCUGGAUGUGGAGAGUUGCCCUGAAGUGGGUGUUUCAGCCCUCAAGGCCAUGUUUUCUCUGUCUCCAUGUAGUGACUUGAUUAAAAAAAUUUCAGACCUUGAUGACAGGAAAGUAAUUCCAGUAGAGAAACUAACGGCUGAGAAUGCUUUAUUCUGGAGGGUUCUUUGUGAGUAUCUAAAGUCCAAAGGAGAAGAAGAAGAGUUUUUAGAGCACCUUCUGCCAGAACCUGCUGUAUACGCAGAUUAUGUGUUAAGUUAUCUGCAGAAUAUGCCAGUUCUCAGUCAAGAAGAAAAGGAGGACAUGACCUGUAUAGAACACCUGAUGACCAAAGAAUUUAUAGGUCGGCAGCUGAUUCUUAUGAUAGGCUGUAUGGAUAUCACUGAAGAAGGAGGAAGGAAAAGGCUGUUGACUGUCUUACAAGAAAUUCUGAUGAUUCCUACUUCUUCAGCAUCCCUUGUGCCACCAGUUACAGAGAAACUGCUUAGUAUUCUGAGAGAUGAUGAUAGAAGAAUACAGAUUGUUGCCGAAACCAUUUCGGAGGUCCGUGAAGCGCUCAUUACGGUCAACAAACCUGUAGAUACAGCCGCAAUAAGGAAACGACAACUGAAGCUGGCUGAAAUUAAAGUGAAACUGAUGGAAGCAAAAGAUGCGCUAGAGCAGUGUGUGGCCGUCCAGGACUUUAGCCAGGCAUCGUUGUUGAAACAGAGAAUCCUGGAGUUGGAAAUCACUAAAAGCGACCUGUUAAAAGAGGCAGAGGAGCCUCAGACGAAAGAAAUAUGCGUGGAAAAGGACGAUCCUGAAACGCUGCUGAAAUGUCUGACAAUGUGCCACGAACUCCUCAAACAGCUCUCCCUUUAUAAAGGAUUAGGCCCAACGAUGGAUGGGAUAACCGAAUCUUUGGUGAUUCCAGGAAUUACUAAUAUCCAUCCGGCUGUAAGAAAUAUGGCAGUGUUAUGCUUGGGCUGCUGUGGUCUGCAGAGCAAAGACUUCGCCAGCCAGCACCUUCCCUUGCUGUUGCAGGUGCUACAGAUCGAUGAAAUGAAGGUAAAGCUAAGUGCUUUAAAGGCCAUCUUUGACCAGCUGAUGAUGUUUGGAAUAGAACCAUUCAAAGCAAAAAAAGGUGGCGAUUCCCGCAGUGGGAAGGAGGUGGAUGAAAAAGGACUGCCUGCGGAGCCAGCAGAGGAGGCUGAAGAAGAAGAAACAGCCACCACCCACAACCUCCUUCAGCUUCUUUCAGGCUUCUUAGACAGCGAGUUUACCGAACUCAGGACCGAGUCUGCCGAAGGCCUGGCCAAGCUGAUGUUCUCUGGCCGACUGAUUAGUGCCAAACUCCUGUCUCGACUUAUUUUGUUGUGGUAUAAUCCCGUAACUGAAGAAGACACUCACCUCCGGCAUUGCUUGGGUGUUUUCUUCCCUUUAUUUGCUUAUUCAAACAGGGCCAAUCAAGAAUGUUUUGAGGAAGCUUAUCUUCCAACAUUGCGGAUCUUGUUCAAUGCUCCUGCAUCGUCACCCUUGUCUGAAGUAGAUGCAAGUAACGUUUCCGAGCUGUUUGUAGACUUGACGAGACCAAGUGGGCUGAAUCAAAGCGCUCAGGCCUCCCAGGAUGUCCAGGGUUUGACGGUGCAUGAUAACUUAGCCAUGAAAAUCUGCAAUGAAAUCUUGGUGGAUCCAAGUGCACCAGAUGUCCGUAUCUAUACCAAAGCUUUGAGUUCCUUGGAAUUAAAUAAAGACUUCUCCAAAGACCUCCUCAUUCUACUUGAUGAAGUUCUUGAGGCCGUAAAAGAUAAAACAUGUCUAAGAAUUAUUGAAAAAGUGAAGAGCAGGUUAAAUCAAGGAAGCCAUGCCAGCAGAGAAGUCUCUGAAAUAACUACAGAGACUGACUUGUCUCCAGUGACUCAAGACAUGCAACAAGAGAGUGACGGAGCUGUGCCUAAUCCCAUCAAUCAGGAUGAAGGAAAAGAAAAAAUGGCUAAAGCUACUGAAGAGGGAGGGAGCACAACCGCAAAGCUGAGAUCAACAAGAAGCAAAGAUGUGAGAAAAGCAACAGUAGAAGCAAAGUCUGUCCCCAGAAGAAGAAACUGUAGAACUGCAAGGUCUGAAAGUGAAAGGGAAGGCAGUGAGCAGCCCAUCCUGCCGGCAAAUCCAAGAUUAUCUCGCCGAGCAAAAACAACAGCUCUGGAAAAAACCCGAAGGAAUCUGUCAAAGCUUCUGGACCAAGAAUCAGCUGAAUGACAAGUG